AUGGUGAACACAAGUCUGCAGCUGAUCAGCUUCACGUGCGCUGUCACUGGCUGGGUGAUGGCCAUCGCCGUCACGGCGCUGCCGCAGUGGAAGGUGUCCGCCUUCAUCGGCAGCAACAUCCUCACGUCGGAGAUCGUGUGGGAGGGUAUCUGGAUGAACUGCAUCUACCAGACAACAGGCCACAUGCAGUGCAAGACGUACGAUUCGAUGCUGGCGCUGCCGGCGGACAUCCAGGCGGCACGGGCGCUCAUGUGCGUCGCCAUCUUCCUUGGCUGGCUCUCCUGCACCGUGUCCUGCUGUGGCAUGAAGUGCACCACGUGCGCUGGCGAUGACCGUCAGGCCAAGGCGAGCAUCGCACUCACAGGAGGGGUGCUCUUUAUCCUCACAGGUCUCUGUGUGCUCGUACCCGUCUCCUGGGCCGCCAACACCGUGGUGCGGAACUUCUACAAUGCGGCCGUGCCGCCAGUACACAAGCGUGAGCUGGGCCAGGCCAUCUACCUUGGCUGGGCCGCUGCGGUCAUCCUCAUGCUGAGCGGCGCGGUGCUCAGCAGCACCUGUCCCCAUAGCGACCAGGGCAGGUACCGCCGAGGCUAUGUGGGCCGCAGCUUCGCCAACAGCCGGCCUUCAGCCCCCGACCCCCCCAAGCCCAUCUCCACCAGCGGACAGCCCCUGAAGGAGUACGUCUGA